AUGUCAACUACAACUACAGACCAAGACGAAGCAUAUGACUUUUCUAGUGAACUAAUCGACUUGCUACGCUUCCAAAAUCGCCACCAAAAGCAAUUGGAAAGUGCAAUGGCCAGCGUGAAACAAGAUGCUCUUGCGCUCAUUGACCGUUGCAACGCGAUCAGCACUCGGCUAGACGACACACACCAAAAGGUCCUUGAAACCACUGACGCUUGCACGCGUACUCAACAUAGUAUCAACGCUUCCCUUCAAAAUGAUACCGAAGUCAAUACCUUGGAUGUUUUGCAAAGUACCUUGUGUCAGCGACUUUUGGAAAUCCUUGAUGAAUCCCUUGGCAACAAGGUACGGGAACAGCAACAGCAGCAGCACCGUUGCCAUGAUACCACCACUACCACGCCAUCACAACAACAACAAGAUGACGACGAAGACAUGGAUAAUGAACAUUUUUCUUCUGCUUUAUCGCCACCCUCUUCUUCAAUAGCAUCAUCCCCGCGAACAGCACCCAUGAAAAGCGAUAACGAAGAUGAAGAUACCACAGUAAUACCACAUAAUGAUCGUGUACAUAGUCGUAGAUAA